UCACGACGUACGACGUUCCGCUAAGGGAAAGGAAGCUGCUGCGCGGCCGGGCGGAAGCGGGCGGUGGGUGUUACAUACCCGGAUGUUAAGGCGGCUUCUCAUUGGCUGCUGGCAGCGGGGCGGGGCGGUGCCCCGGCGGUUGGGGAAGAACCCGGAAGUGCUGAGGAGAAACGGCGGCCGCCCGCGCCAGAGCCCGAGCACGGCCCAUGUGUGUCACCAUGCCCGGGCAGGGCAGCGCCAGCCUCCCGCCGGAGGAGCGCGUGCGGCGGCUGAUCCGGGCGGGCAGCAGCGUGGAGGUGAGCGAGGACAUCCCCCCGCGGCGCUACUUCCGCUCGGGCGUGGAGAUGCUGCGCAUGGCCACGGUGUACAGCGAGGAGGGCAACAUCGAGCACGCCUUCAUCCUCUACAACAAGUACAUCACGCUCUUCAUCGAGAAGCUGCCGCAGCACCGCGAUUACAAAAGCGCCGUCAUUCCCGAGAAGAGGGAGACGGUCAAAAAACUGAAGGAAGUAGCCUUUCCCCGAGCCGAAGAGCUCAAGGAGGAGCUGUUAAAGAGCAGCAGCUGGAGGAGGAGAAGACUCGGGUAGCCCUGAUGAAGCAGCAGCAGGCAGAGCAGGAGCAGUUCCAUGCCUUCGAGGAGAUGAUCCGGCGGCAGGAGCUGGAGAAGGAGCGCCUGAGGAUAGUGCAGGAGUUUGGAAAGCCAGAGCCGAGUCCCCAGUGUGUGGAUGGACCCCUCAUCCCUGGCGUGGAAAAGCCCCCAACAGAUUUAACCCCAAAGGUUCCGGCCUCUCCAGUUCAUCCAGCGAGUCCAUCAGCGGGGACUGUCCCAUCCAAACCUCCUGUUGUGGACAGAUCUUUGAAGCCCAGUGCUUUGGGGAGCACGGAGAGCAAUGCAGGUGUGGAUGUCCUUCGCCAGGUCAUUGUCCCCAGAGAGCUGUGCCAGAAAUUCCUGCAGCUGGCUGAUGCCAACACCGUGCGGGGUGUGGAGACCUGCGGGAUCCUCUGCGGGAAGCUGAUGAGGAACGAGUUCACCAUCACCCACGUCAUCGUCCCCAAGCAGCUGGGAGGCCCCGAUUCCUGCACCACGGAGAACGAGGAGGAGCUCUUCAUCAUCCAGGACCAGCACGGCCUCGUCACUCUGGGCUGGAUCCACACCCACCCCACACAGACAGCGUUCCUGUCCAGCGUGGACCUGCACACCCACUGCUCCUACCAGAUGAUGCUGCCAGAGUCCAUCGCCAUCGUGUGCUCUCCCAAAUACCAGGAGACAGGGUUCUUCAAGCUGACGGAGCACGGCCUGGAGGAGAUCUCGUCCUGCCGGCAGAAAGGGUUCCACCCCCACCCCAAAGACCCCCCUCUCUUCACAACCUGCAACCACGUGUCAAUAGUGGAGAGAGACGUGGUGCUGAUGGAUCUCCGAUAAGCCUCUUGCCUUACCCCUUCCCGGGAACCACCCACCGUCCUUUAGGCCUAGGGAAUCGAUUUUCUCCCUCCUGUAGCAGAUGAUUUCUACCGUGUAGUGAUCCCUCCCUUCCCUCCCCCGCGCUGGAGCUGGAUCCCUGCCCUCUGCAGAAGCCCCUGGAACCUCCAUGCCCGGCGUGGGGCUGGCGGAUGGGGCUGGAGCUCCAGGUGUGGGGAGGAGCCAUCUGGGAGCUCAGAGACAGAAGCCAACACUACUGCAGUCGUUCAACUCCAAUCCACGGCUCGAGCGGCCUCCUGGGGAUGUUCCCCGUGCCUUGCUGCAACCCUGAGGUGUGGAAACCUCUUCAAGUGCUUUUGGGACUUGCCCAGUUUAACCCAUGCCCUGUUUCGUCCCUGUUUCCCAGCUGCUUGGUCUCAGCACAGCUUCCAGGAGCAGAUAAAUCUUUCCUGCAGUUUAAAGUCCAA